AUGUUGGGCAGGACCACAGUAUCUCAGAAAUUGUUUCGCGCCAUCUUCGUGGGUGUGGCUACCUGUUUAGGAGUUGUGACGUUACUGGACCUUCCAACAACGAACUACUUCGGCGAUUCUGAUCAUGGCCUCGCUGCUGGGGCCGGAAAGCAAGUCAACUGGUCGCGAUUUGCAUACACCCAGUAUGCCACCGACGGGUCUUAUUUGUGCAACUCGGUCAUGCUGUUCGAAACGCUCCACCGGCUUGGAAGCAAAGCUGAUCGCAUAUUGAUGUACCCCUCCGAGUGGUCUAUAGCCGAGGAUGGUGAUUCAAGUGAGAGCCGCAUGCUUCGCUACGCACGAGACCAUUAUGGAGUCAAGCUCAAGCCAAUCGAAAUACUGAUGAGGCCUGGGAGUGAUGUGGGGUGGUCAAAGAGCUACACAAAACUUCUCGCGUUUAACCUAACAGAGUACGACCGGGUCCUUCACUUGGAUUCAGAUGGAACCGUUCUGCAGACCAUGGACGAGUUAUUCCUAGCCCCCUCUAGCCCCGUCGCCAUGCCCUCGGCCUACUGGACAAAUCCGAGAGAGGGUCUUUUCACCUCUGCGGUCAUCCUCAUUGAACCGGCUGCAGCUGCCUUCAAUCGCACGAUCCAUUCAAUUUCCAGUGCCAACUCUAGCACCUAUGAUAUGGAAAUUAUGAACAACAUGUACAAACAUACCGCACUGACUAUACCGCAUCGGCCGUAUAUUCUUCUGACUGGGGAAUUCCGCUCCAAGAAACACCGGGCAUAUCUAGGUAAUUCAGACGAAAAAUGGGAUGCCGAAAAGAUGUUCAAAGAGGCUAAAUAUUUGCACUUUUCUGACUGGCCUGUGCCUAAGCCAUGGGUUAAAGCCCUUCCAGAUCUGAUCGAAGAAUUGCAGCCUCCCUGCGAGUUGAACCCGGUAACUGGUUAUAAAGAUGACUGCCGCGUGAAAACUCUUUGGUUGGGAAUAUACGAAGACUUUAGGAUCAGACGAGAGAAUAUAUGUGGAACUGCUAGAAGACAUGGUGGAUACCAGAAACUCUUAUAG